CACAAAUAAUCAUACUAGUCUCGCCAUUCAAUCCUUCUCCGUCGUCUUCCUCUACCAUUUCUACGUUUUCUCGUAACCUGGAUGAACCGGUCGAGGACGACGUAGAGAGGAAGAGGAAGAAGAAUAUAUAAUAAUGCCGAGUGUGUUGACGGAUGAGGAGAGGUAUGCGGGAGUGGACGAGAAGAAGAGGAAGAGGAUGAUAUCGAACAAGGAGUCGGCGAGGAGGUCGAGGAUGAAGAAGCAGAAGCUGAUACUGGAGCUGACGGAGGAGGUGAGGCGGCUUCAGCACGCGAGGAGCGGGAUCAACGGGAGGAUCGACGAGACGAGGGAGAAGCUCGCGAGCUUGGACUCCGAGAACGAUGUUCUCAAGGCCCGAACUCUCGAGCUCAACGAGAGGUUCGAGUCUCUCAAUGACAUGAUCAAAAACUUUGGGAUUCACCACCAGAAGAAAAGGGUUUAUUUACUCUUCGCCAUUGUUGCCUUCAUCGGUCUGAGCAAUGCAGCCGAAAGAUGCAGGAAGUUGGCGGGCAAAGAAACUUCAUCUAAGACUGGGCAUUUCAACAUAAUGUAUUGUUUAGAUGGAGGAAGUGGGAGCGUCGUGUGCGCGGUCAAAGAGGCUGUGAAGCUCUAUGUUUACAGCAUCCGAACCUCCCAUGUUGAGAGAGCAAAGAGCGUAGCAAUGGAAGGUGCUAUGACCGACGCUCUAUCCCAAGGCCAUUGUGUCAACAUGGUGUGCCAAAACAGCCAAGUUGUGCUGAAAAUCCUCCAGCUUUACCACCAGAUUUCGAAGCUGGACAGCCUCAAACCCUCCAAAGAUGUCGACACCUUGUUCACACAGCUUGUCCACACCUGCAUCCCCCCUAGCCCCGUGGACGUCUCCGUCCUCUGCUCCGGGGUCCAGGAGAAGCGGUCCCACCUCAUCCGCCUCUGCGCCGAAGCCGAGGGCCUCCUCGAGUCCCACUACUCCCGCCUCCUCGCCUCCCUCCCGAACCCCCUCCGGAACCUCGCCCUCUUCCCCUACUAUGGUAACUACCUUAGGCUCACCGAGCUCGAGUUUGACAUUCUCGCUGGCCACUGCGGCACUGGCCCCGGACGCGUCGCGUUUGUCGGGUCCGGGCCACUGCCACUGACCUCCAUUGUCCUCGCCACUCGCCACCUCCCCGCCACGGAGGUGCACAACUACGACGUGGACCCCGACGCGAACUCGCUGGCGUCGAGGCUGGUGGGGUCCGACCCCGAGCUCUCGCGGCGCAUGGCGUUCCACACGGUGGACAUCAUGGACGUCACGUCAGAGCUCGGGGGAUACGAUGUCGUGUUCCUCGCGGCCCUGGUUGGGAUGGACAAGGAGGAGAAGGGCCGGGUCGUCGAUCAUCUGGCAAAGCACAUGGCUCUCGGUGCACUCCUGAUGGUGAGGAGCGCACACGGGGCACGAGCCUUCCUAUAUCCCGUCGUGGAUCCUCGAGACCUCCGAGGGUUUGAGGUUCUCAGGGUGCACCAUCCGACAGACGAGGUCAUCAAUUCCGUGAUCAUAGCGCGGAAGAUGCACCCAUCGCCUGUCGUUCACCGGUCCUACGACCAAAGCGUGGGGUCGGGAUCCGCCAUACUUCCUAUCAAAUGUUCUUGUGUUGAGAUCCACACCUUGAAUAAUCCCUUCAAUAAGGUGAGCGUUGUUGUUGAAGAAUUGGCAAUUGAUCAUGAAUAGGUUUGGUUUUUGCCUUUAUAGUUUGAUUUACCUAUGAUUCAUUCUAUUAUGUAUGGUCUUAGUUUCAUGUCAUGCAAGAAACUAUCUAUCUAUCU